AUGCUUUUCUUCCGAGCCUUGGAGUCUACCGCCCGCUUUUGGUCCAUUGUUGCGGGAGGACUGGGCUUCGAGAGACACGUUAACCUCGAGCAGAUUGCGGACUAUUACAUCAAUGCGCGAGUCGAGUUCCUCCUCAAUUCUAGAGCGCCCAUUAACGAUAAUGGGAUUCUCACCGUGCUCGUGGACAAGUGGCGGCUUCGCCCCCACGUGGCCCUCGAGACUCAGCUCCAAUAUUGCUCUUCCGAAACGGUUGCUGCGUAUACAGCCGAAUACCCUGACUACCCUCCUCCCCCUCCUUUCCCCUCCACGCGGGGCGCUUCGUCGCAGGAGAGGGAUAAUACCGGCCGCUUCUUGAGUGCCUCCGGCCCGAAUGUCGGUAUUGGUGGCCCGGCCCGGCCUUCUUCUUCCUCUGGAAGUGCGCCGCUCCAUAUUUCCUACAGGGAGCCCUAUAGAAUUUUGUACCCUCCUGAUUCGUGGGUCAAAGUUCGUGGAAGCUCUUAUAGGCCCCGUGGUCGCGCCGACCGAUGGACCCCGUGUUAUGAUACAGUCGCCAGGCGUGACCCAUUGCGCCUUAGCCCUCCGCCUGCCGACGAUACCAUGCUUGACACUCGAGUCAGGGAAGGCGAGCGAGGCAAUUAUGAUGAGGAUUCAGCACGCCGAGGUACUAGUCUCCUUGAUCAAUUAUUUGCCGUCCCGACUGAGUCUCUUCGCCCCCGAAAGCGACGCCGAUAUUCGCCACAGUCGAGCAAUCUAGGACAGGAUGAUGCCGGACAAAGAUCGGUCACGGAAAUUGCCGCUCCAUCCGCCUAUCAGCCACUUCCCUCUAUAGAGCACGAUUCACCGCAUCUCGGACCGAGCGGCAUUCCCCUUUCGCCGACUGGCGGCAACCUUGGCGGCAUGCCAGCCAACUUGCACUCUCAGGACAGCACCAACGAGUCUAUCCAGAAGCUCAUUGAUGAGUCCGAGAUGGCCGUCCUGACCAGAAGGGUUAGUGAUUUGGAGCAGGUUGUGCGACGACAAGGACAAGUGAUCGAGGAACAGCAGAGCGUGAUUGACCGGUUGGUGGAGGAAGCGGCGGCUCGCCAAGCAACGGGCAAUAACCCCUGA